AUGACCAAGCGCAUUAUCCAUGUGCCCCCGUUGGACAGCCCUUCGAAGCAAUUGAUGCGUGAUCUGUGUCGUGAUCUAGACAAUGUCCGCAUCUUCAAUGAAGAUUUGAAGAAGGUUCAUGCCUACGAACGCAAGGUCUUUUUUGAACAUCUGGACCAAAUCGAUCAAGAGCGAGAGGCGAUUCAUACUGCAGCACUCGACGAAGCCGAAGCAUUUCACAACCGGGUCCGCGAGGAGGCUGAGGCCACUUUGAAAGAACACAACCGCAUCGAAGAAGAAGAACGCCGUCGCAAGGAAGAAGAAUCUCGUCUCGAACGGGAGCGCAUUGAACGCGAGAAGGCAGAGAAGCUUCGUCGCGAACAAGAGGAGGCAGCCCGUCUUGAGGCCGAGCGCCAGGCCAAAGAAGAAGCGAAGCGCAAAGCCGAAGAAGAAGCCGAACGCGCCCGCCAGGCAGCUCUUGAGAAGCAGCGAAAGGAGGAGCUCGAAAAACUUGAGAAAGAACAAGCCGAAAAGCGAGCUAAGGAGGAAGAAGCCGCAAAGGCCAAGAAAGCGGCGGAAGCAAAGGCUCUCGCAGAGCACCAUCAGAAAACCGGUUCUCGCCACCUUUCUGACAAGGAACUCAAAAUUCAUCAGCGAUAUCUCGCUUUGCACAAGACUCUCAAGGAUUUCCGCGCGUGGAUACGCCAGCUUGGCAAUGAACAGCCUGGUUUCAAGACAGCAGCGGGUCUCUUGCGUCGCCAGAUUCGAAAGUCCGUAGGCCAGUUACGUGACGGCAAAGGAGCAAACAAGACACAGAUCCAUCAGAUUCGCGUCGAUCUGGAGAAGGCUAUCGCGCUUAAUGGACCCCUCGUGGACGUUCGCCAGUUCUUCGCAUUCCCUCCGGACGAAAUCGCUCGCUCUGAGCAGAUGGCUCCAGCUUUGCUUAUUUACGGCCUUCACAUGCUCGCCAAAUCGUUGAUUUCUGUUCUUGUCAAUGAGGCGGCCAUCAAGCCUCAGCAUGCAGAGCCAGUGGGCGUCCUCGCAGCUCAAAUCUGGUCAAUGGAUGCGUUCUUGUACAAGGGAAUUGCUCUGUCCGACAUCCUGUGGGCAAAGUAUCGCGUGGUAUGCCCGGUACUCUGGGGUUUCACUGGAAGCGAGGAAACUGAUGUUGGCCGCAGUGCUAUCGGUUGGUGGCGCAUCGAGGCUGGUGGUGACUUCAUCAGCGAGCAGGAGCAUCUGGAUAGAAUGACUGCCCUGGGUGCCGGGUACGCUGCUUUGACACUGCGCAACUUCGGCAAGACCAAACGCCGGAACCCGUUCCCAAACACCAUGUUUUGGCACUCGAUGCAGAAGAUCCUGGCAGUUCCAGCAGCGGAGCUGCACGAUACACAAAUCACGGUUCUGCAGGCGAUGUUGCGCUACUCUGGCGAGCGCAUCGUCACCAUGUGGGGUGUUUACGGGGUGGGCCUGGUGCGCAGAGCAGUGGUAGGCCUGCCGCAGUCAAUGACCAAGAAGUCAAUGCCUGUCUACCAGCUUGAGCUCAUUAAAGAGCUCUACAAGCGGGAUCAUCAAAUCCUGGUGUGA